CGCACCGCUCGCCUCGCUCUCAUCAUCCGUAUCACAGAGUGCGAAUCGCAUCUGGGCAGAUCGUGGGAUUGCGAAGUUCGUCGCGAGGAGCGGAGCACUUCGCGCGCGCAAAAACCCGAUGGGGUACCGCAGUACCAAGAAGACCGUUCGGUUUAAUUGAUCCGUGUUCGUCGAACGAUGUGCCAUGGCCUCGUCCUUAAGAGGACCAGGAAUGACGGGCGUUCCCUCGCCGCGAAUAAUCAACCUGGAAUUUCCUCCGCCACCUCCUUACCCGCCGCCGCACAAUCAGAUAUUGCGCAACUCGUUGAUGGAGCCGGUUUCGCCAAUAAUGUCGCCCGUCGCGAACUCUCAUCAACACUCACUUCUGGAUUAUUCGUACGCUUAUUAUCAUCAGACUGAUCAUCCGGAUCACUUUCACGUUCCGUAUUCGACGGAUGUGCUGUCGCAACAACAACAACAACAACAACAACAACCAUCGCAGCAGCUUCAAGAGCAGCAGCAACAGCAACAGAUAAUAUCUCGACAAUCGCAGCAACAACCCCAAGCGAUAAGAUCGGAUCCUUUGAAGAGACACACUUACACGACUUGUUACGGCACGGAGGAAAACAUUUACGAGGAGAUAUCAGAAAUCAGUAAGCAAUGCCACCGCGGUCUACACGGAUCGCGACGAUCGCUUGUCGCGGAGGAGGUGCGUCGAGUGCAAUCACGGCAUCGUCGUGUGCUCGGGGAACUUAAUUUAAGCGUGGAAGCGAUGUUGAUGCCAACCGCGGUCGAAAAUAACGAGGAACAGCCGACACAGGAAACGCACGGGACUUCCACCGAGGAACUGUUACCUUCGGUCAGUCCCACGGACGAUCUGAACUCGCGCGUUGGAUGCGACAAAGACAGCGGUUUCAGCGGCAGUUACAGUUCGAAUGCAAGUUACAGAUCAGGUUUGGGAUCUUUGAGAAGAGGAAUGGGGAAGAUAAGCAGCGGGCCAGAGUCUGCUCAACGUAAGAUGAAAGCCGCCAUGAUUUGGAAGAAAGGUUGGAAAGGUUGGAAAAAAUUUCAUUCCUUCGGGCACAGCGGCAGCGGCGGCGGGGGCGCUAGAAUAUCAAUGAAGUUCUCUCUUGGAAAUGACGUUUCCUAG